UCUUUCUGGUUGUAAUCUCAAUGAUGGAUCCUGUAAAGUCAUCGCUUCAGCUCUUCAAUCCCCAAAGUCUCUUCUGAGAGAGCUGGAUGUGAGUAACAAUGAUCUGCAGGAUUCAGGAGUGAAGCUGAUCUCUGAUGCGCUCAAGAACCCAAACUGUCAACUAGAGAUACUGAGGUUAUCAGGCUGUAUGGUGACAGAUGAGGGAUGUUGUUAUUUGGCUUCAGCUAUGAGUUCAAACCCGUCACACCUUAGAGAGCUGGACCUGAGCUACAAUCACCAAGAACACUCGGCAUUUCAGCUGCGCUCUUAUCAAAAUGAUCCAGACUAUGCACUGAAGAUACUCAAUAUUGACCAUGGAGGACAUUACAGGAUCACACCAGGACUACGAAAAUGGUUCUGUGAUCUCACACUGGAUCCAAAGACCGCAAACGGUCUUCUCAUUCUAUCUGAGAAGAACAGGAAGAUCACAUGUGUGGAAGAACAGCAGUCCUACCUGGAUCAUCCAGACAGAUUUGAUGACUGUGAACAGGUUUUGUGUAGAGAGAGUCUGACUGGACACUGUUACUGGGAGGUCGACUGGAGCGGAUAUGCUUACAUAUCUGUGUCAUAUAAAGGAAUCAGCAGGAAAGGAGGAGAUGACUGUAGAUUUGGAUGGAAUGAAAAGUCCUGGAGUCUCUUCUGUAGUGUUGAUAGGUUCAGUGCCUGGCACAAUAACAGAAAUAUGAACAUGCCUGUUCCUUCACCCCCCUCCUCAAAAAUAGGAGUAUAUCUGGACUGGAUGGCCGGCACUCUGUCCUUCUACAGCGUCUCUAACACACACACACUCACACACUUACACACAUUCAACACAACAUUCAAAGAGCCUCUUUAUGCCGGAUUUAAUGUGUAUUCCUCAUCGUCCAAGUUGUCUUUGUGUAGGGUUGACCAAUGUUAG